UUUUUUUUAUGGAAAAGUUGUAGCACGGUGACGUUGUGAUUUCUAUAUGCGAUCCGGUAUAGUUUAGUGUGCUUUUAGCGUUCAGAGAGUAGUGUUCGUGGUAGUUCUAGUUCGUGGUUAGUUCAGAUACUUUUUAGAAAAAUGGCUUUACGUUUGGUGUGCAUUAACCCCGCUUUAAAUGCUAUGGGUCAAACCUUUGUACGUGCCAUGUCCAGCCAAGGUGGCUCCAAGAACAUUGGUUUCGUCGGUUUGGGUAACAUGGGCGGUCACAUGGCCACCAACUUGAUGAAGAAUGGUCACAAAUUGCAUGUUUUCGAUAUCUCCAAGCCAGCCUGCGACAACUUGAAGUCCAAGGGUGCCAAGGUUUACGAAAAGACCAGUGAAUUGGCAUUGAACUCUGACUUUGUCAUCACCAUGUUGCCCAACAACGACAUUGUGAACAAGGCCUACGAAGAUAUGACCGCCGAUGGCGUCAACAAGGAUACCAUUUUCAUUGAUUCCUCCACCAUUGAUCCCACCUUGGUCAAGCAAUUGCAAAAGAUGGUCAGCGGCAAGGGUGCCCGUUUCAUUGAUGCCCCCGUAUCCGGUGGUGUUCCCGGUGCUGAGCAAGCCACUUUGACCUUCAUGGUUGGUGGUACCAACGAAGAAUACAAUGCCGUCAAGAACGUUUUGGAAUGCAUGGGCAAGCGCAUCACUCACUGUGGUGAAUACGGUAUGGGUCAAGCCGCCAAAUUGUGCAACAACAUGAUGUUGGGUAUCUCCAUGCUUGGUGUUGCCGAAGCCAUGAACUUGGCCAUCCGUUUGGGUUUGAAUCCCCAAACCUUUGCCGAAAUCAUCAACUCCUCCACCGGUCGCUGCUGGGCUUCUGAGGUCUACAACCCAGUUCCCGGUGUCUCCCCCACUGCCCCCGCCAACAAUGACUACAAGGGUGGCUUCUCCACAGACCUCAUCACCAAGGAUUUGGGUUUGGCCUCCGGUGUCGCUACUGCCUCCAACACUCCCAUUCCCAUGGGCGCCAUGGCUCACCAAAUGUACCGCACCCUCAAGGCUCAUGGUUUGGGCAACAAAGAUUUCUCCGUUGUCUACGAUUUCAUGAAGAACACCCAAUACAAUUAAAUUACGUAAACGUCUCAACAACAACAAGAACAACUUAACUUAAUACACGUAUCUAGUGCUUCCAAAGUAAUCAGGAUCAUUACUAACCAGAUGUGCAUUUAUAAUUUAAGCAUUUGUAAGAUUUUUCUAUAUGUAACUAUAGUGUAAAGAAAUAACAAGGUUAAAAGAUAUUAAUGAAAAACUAAAAUAAAAUUAAUGUAGAUAAAAAACAA